UGUAUUUUUACUGUUUUUUUGCAUGUAUGUAUUACUUUGUAGGCCUGAUGGAUGGCUAUAUGAUAAAGAAGCUAUUCUUGAGUAUAUCCUACAUCAGAAGAAAGAAAUAGCCAGAAAAAUGAAGGAAUAUGAAAAACAGAAGAAACAAUUAGAAGAGGAAGAAGUUAAGAAGAACAAUCAGAAAACACAAACCUCACUGAAAAGAUUUGCUGAAACUGAGAACAGUAUCACUACCAAGCCAAUCAACCCUUUCACUAAUGGUCCACCAGCUAAGAAACAAAAAUUAACUCAAACAGAGUCUGAACCAAUGCCAGGAUGCAGUAAAGACAGUGAUGACAGCAGUAACAACACCACCACCAAAGACUUGCCUAGUUUUUGGAUUCCUUCAUUGACACCAGAUGCUAAACCCACACUAGUUAAAAAACCAUCUAAACAAGUGCUCUGUCCAAUGAGUGGAAAACCAUUGAAAGUCAAAGAUUUGAUUGAUAUUGAGUUUGUCCUCAUAAAAGAUAAAGAUGACAAACGAAGCCUUGUGACCAAAGACGCCAGAUACAUGUGUGCUGUAACUCAUGAUGUACUGUCUAAUUCCACACCAUGUGCAAUAUUGAAAACUAGUCGUAAAGUGAUCACAAUGGAAUGCAUCAACAAAUUAAUCAAGAAAGAUAUGGUAGAUCCUCUGACAGAAACCAAAAUUACAGACAGUGACAUUAUUCAACUACAAAGGGGUGGUACAGGAUAUGCUGAAACUGGUGUUGACUUGUAUGCCAAGAAAUACCGUCCUGUCAUGAUGGCAUCAUAACACAACAUCAAUGAAUCCAAGCUCAACAACAUCUGUCUACUAUAAUAAAUCAUGUGUACCAUAAACUUUGACAAAGGAUAAAGCAUAACAAGAUGUUUGAAAUACUCAAGCGCUUUCUGGACACUAUCUACAUUCGUGUCAAAUCAGCUUAUCUGAAGGGUCAUUUUAUCAUCAAAGCGCCCUCUAGAGUAUGAUUUGUAAUGUUUGCCAAUAACCCACACAAACCUCUUGCAGUAUUGGUAAAUUAAAGAAAGAAAAAAAGACAAAUGAAUUUGAGAAUAGUUAUGGCAAUGCGAAUAGAUCUGUACUUCAGUUCAUUGAUUAGUUUAAUUAUUGUGAUGCCUUUUGUGUCGUGAACAAAUAGCUUGUUUUUUUCCCCAUAGAUUUUCUUGAUAUUAUACAUGUACAUUAACAUUUUUGUUAUGAGAGGUGAAUAAGUAAAUAAAUGUCUUAGUUAAUCAA